AGUCGGCUUCGGCUUUACUAAGGAAGGAGACUCAAAAGCAGCUUCUUCUUCCCUAAGUCAUUCCCAAACAGAGCUUUAAAGCUUUGCUUUUUCUAUCUCUCUCUCUCUCUCAUCAAAUCAGUAAACAGUAACCCAAAAAAUUCCAAACCCAUUUCCCUUUAUUCUUCAAAAACUUCCAAACCCAAUCUCAGAUCCUUUCCUUCUAUACAUCUUUUUCAAUAAUUUCAUUGAAAGAUAGAAUCUUUCUUUUCUUUUUUCAAUAACUCCAUUUUUUUUUUUUUUAAUAUUGGUCUUUCUUCUUAACAAAUUUUUGUGAUUUGCAACAAAUCAAAGCCUCUUUCUUCCAAUCUCUAUCAACAUGUCCUCAAGAAACCCUUCAUACACAAACCCAAAACCUUGCAAGCAUCUUGAAGAUUACAAGCUGAGGCAUGGCUUGAGUGGCUAUAAAUCCAUACAAAAGCACCUCAAGGCCACUCCACAUGGGAGAACAAGUGUUGAGAUGCUCAACACAGGGGUACCCAGAUGCAAUUCUUGUAAUGGGUUUCAAGGUAGACUCUAUCUUUGUUUGAUUUGCAACUCUGUCUCAUGUUUGGACCAUACCCUUUUGCAUAUUCAGUCUGAGGAUGGCCACGAUUUAGCUGUGGACAUCGAAAGGGCUGAGCUUUAUUGCUGUGUGUGUUGCGAUCAGGUCUAUGACCCUGAUUUUGAUAAGGUUGUAAUGUCCAAGCACAACAUGGGUGUCCCAAGGGAUGAUAAGCAUGGUGAUGAGAGUAUUGGAGAGAGAUUGGUUAAGAGGAGGAGGUUGGGUUUAGGUGUAGCAGAAGAAUUAGUGGAUUUGAAGAAAUCUAAACAGUUGGUUUCCAUGAGGGAUCGGAGGGAUAAAUCUUGUUAUCCAUUGGGUUUGAGAGGAUUGAAUAAUCUAGGGAGUACUUGUUUCUUGAACUCUGUGUUGCAAGCAUUGCUACAUGCUCCUCCCUUCAGGAAUUACUUCUUGAGUGAAGGGCAUAAUCAUGAAGCUUGCCGGAGAAGAUCGGGGGAUCGGCUAUGCUUGUCUUGUGACAUUGAUGUCGUUUUCUCGGCUGUGUUUUCAGGUGAUCGGGCACCAUAUAGUCCUGCUCAUUUUCUAUACAGUUGGUGGCAGCAUUCAGCAAAUCUAGCAAGUUAUGAGCAGCAGGAUGCUCAUGAAUUCUUCAUAUCAGUCUUAGAUGGGAUCCAUGAGAAAGAGGACAAAUCAAGGAACCGAAAUAGAGAUAGUGGAGAUUGCCAAUGUAUUGCUCAUAGGGUAUUCUCUGGACUGUUGAGAUCAGAUGUCACCUGCAUGACCUGUGGAUCCACUUCAACAACUUAUGACCCUUGUGUGGACAUCUCAGUUGACCUGGACACUAGCAAUUUCUCUCCAACAGAUAUAGUUAACAAGCGUAGCAAACCAAAUGAGAACAGCAGUAUAUCUACUCUUUUGGGUUGUUUGGAUUUGUUCACAAGGCAGGAGAAGUUGGGAUCAGAACAGAAACUUUUCUGCGAGACCUGUCAAGAAAUGCGAGACUCAGUGAAGCAAAUGUCGAUCAGGAGACUCCCAUUGGUCUUGUGUUUGCAUAUAAAAAGAUUUGAGCAUUCACCUGUCAGAAACAUGUCGAGAAAAAUUGAUCGAUAUUUGCAGUUUCCGUUCUCCUUGGAUAUGACCCCCUAUUUGUCCUCUUCAAUUGUCAGAAACAGAUUUGGGAAUAGAAUCUUUUCUGUUGAGGGUGAUGAAUCAGAUAUUAUUACUGACUUUGAGAUUUUUGCGGUGGUUACUCACUCAGGGACACUUGAAUCCGGCCAUUAUGUUACUUAUCUGCGCUUGAGAAACCGAUGGUACAAAUGUGAUGAUGCUUGGAUCACUGAGGUUGACGAGGAGAUAGUGAGAGCUUCACAGUGUUAUAUGAUGUUCUACGUGCAGAAAAUGCUUUACCAGAAAGCAGAUGAGGAUUUGAGUUCCCUGCCAUUAUCCCCACGGAGGGAUGCGUAUCUUCCAAUUGCUGGUUGAUGCGAAAGAUUGUUCAAAUGAGUAUGGGCAGGCAGUUGGCCAAGCAUGAAAUGGUCUUUCCAUAUCAUUCAAGGUCAGCUAAACAGGAAAGAAGACCCGGUGAGAAUGGGGAAACAAAAGACUUAGUUGAUGGGGCGUGCUUUCAGGGUCGAAAUCCAUUGGCCUGGACGACAUAUAUUUCAAUGUUCAUCAAGACAAGUCGUGAAAGGCAUCCAUAAGUUGCACAAGAGGAAGAUCAAUAAUUUGAAACAGAGAUCCUCUUAUUCCAAUCCCUGAAGAUCCCUCAAUGAUUUAUUAAUGGUCUAAGUUAUAAAUAGCUGCAUGAGAAAUUGGAUGUGUAGAGGUGAGUGAGGGUACCCCCACCUCUUUACAAGACAUUGCUCAAGAUUCUUUGACUGCAGGUCGGUCAUCAGCAAUAAAUCUGAACUAAUGAAGUUCUAUUUAGUUUGGAUUGCACUCACUGUUGCUCUUAAAAUUUCUAAUUGGUCACAUAAAUGAUUGGCUUUCAAUAAUUAUACGUAUAACAUGCUCUGUUUCUCUUAAAA